GAUCCUAAGAAAGUACCACGAACUCUUUGUGCGAUCCGCUGUUAGUUUAUCAAACAUUAUACCUUGACGCCGCGUGGACUCACCGGUGACAACAAAUUUCUUCACCUUCCCCGCCUUCACUUUCAACUUUCAACUUUCAACUUCCCUUUCCUCUUCCAAUAACAUUAACAAAACAACAAAACAUAAAUAAAUAAAUAUAAAAUAAAAAGAUAAAUAUAAAAUAAGCAGUAAAUCAGAAUUCAAACAGCUCCAUGAGACUUCGAUCGCGAUCGAAGUAGAGAGCUUUCAGAGCCCUAAACCCUAAGCCCCGAAGAUCCGAAGCAGAGAUGGCGAUUCUCUACGCGGUGGUGGCUCGAGGAACAAUCGUGUUGGCCGAGUUCAGCGCGGUCACAGGGAACACAGGGGCAGUGGCUCGGCGCAUCUUGGAAAAGCUUCCAUCGGAGGCGGAUUCUAGGGUUUGCUUCUCUCAGGAUCGGUACAUCUUCCACAUACUCAAAUCCGAUGGCCUCACUUUUCUUUGCAUGGCCAACGACACCUUCGGCAGGAGAAUACCCUUUUCAUACUUGGAGGAUAUUCAUAUGAGAUUUAUGAAAAAUUAUGGCAGAGUGGCCCCUUAUGCUCCUGCUUAUGCAAUGAACGACGAAUUUUCGAGGGUUUUGCAUCAGCAGAUGGAGUUUUUCUCCAGCAAUCCUAGCGCUGAUACUCUCAACCGUGUGAGAGGCGAAGUUGGUGAGAUACGAACUAUAAUGGUGGACAACAUAGAAAAGAUAUUGGAGAGGGGUGACCGAAUUGAGCUUCUUGUUGACAAAACUGCAACUAUGCAAGAUAGUGCAUUUCACUUCAAGAAGCAGUCCAAACGGCUUCGUCGAGCUCUGUGGAUGAAAAAUGCCAAGCUCUUGCUUUGAAACUGAGGUGUUAGGGGAUGGAUUUGAAGAUGGGAUGCAGAUUUGAAUGGAGUGGACUGUGGACCCAAGUGAUGUUUAAGCUAGAAACAAUUUCAGUAGUGGAGAAUCAACAGCAAACUGAUUGGGGGAAAGUUGUAGGCGAGGUGGAGGUGAGAGAAGAGGGGUGUUUCAAGUGUGUAGGAAUUGUCGAGCAACCUUUGGUUUUGUUUUAAGGAACUUUCUUAUCCCACUCAGGGAAGGACUGGUCUCCCCAAACUUUGAGGGGAUUUGGAAUGAAAUUCGAUUUCUUAUUACUUUGUCUAACCAAUUCCUCACAAUUUCCAUGGAAUCUCAAAUCCAUUCCAUCCCUGAUUUCAGUGACCAAACAUAGUUUGCAAUUCAAGUGAAUUCAAACCAUCUUGCUGAAUUUUAUUUUUCCGUUCUUAUCUUUCUUAAGAUAACUAACCUUUUCUUUUCCUAAUGGUGACUAGGGAUUUUCUUAGUUUAUCGAAAAAGACACAUUCUUAGGUUACACGUCAUCCUUAUCACCCCAUGCAUAUGAAUUUUAAUUUCACAAGUGACAAUGUGAUGCUUUUAAGUUUAUUAUGAAGCUGUAGUCCGUUAUGCCCAGUGCCAUCUGAAAAUGAUAUUUUGGUUUUGUUUAACCCCAAAAUCAUCAAGUUGUGGCCACUGCAAUUUUUUGAAUGCAUCAGCAUUUUUUAUUUUUUAUUUCCUUCCAAUUUGAACAUGAUUAUUCUGUUCUAAUUAAGUGGUAAGGAGUAAGAUAUCGACUUCACAACAGGAUCAAAUGUGUUGAUUACAUAUCACUCCGAAAUCUAGGUGCAUAAAAAACUAAAUGAUUUUACUUACUCCGCUAUGGCCCUUGUGCUUGCCAAAUGUUGUAAAGAU